UAAUUUCGGUAACUUCAUUUCGCCACUCCUCCGAUUAUUUAUACGCUCCCCGCUGUCAUGGGACACAAUCAAAUUACAUCUCUCUCUCUCUCGCUGCCUUCAAAUUCCCAUGGGCGAGAAAAGCAAAAUCCUGAUCAUCGGAGGAACUGGGUACAUCGGGAAAUUCAUAGUGGAAGCCAGUGCCAAAUCCGGCCACCCCACCUUCGCUUUGGUUAGAGAAAGUACAGUUUCCGAUCCUGUUAAGGCAAAACUCAUUGAUGGCUUCAAAAACUCCGGCGUCACUUUGCUCCAUGUCCGGAGAUCUGAACGACCAUGAGAGUUUGGUGAAAGUGAUAAAACAGGUGAAUGUGGUGAUAUCCACCAUUGGAUCGAUGCAGUUAUUAGAUCAACUUAAAAUCAUUGCCGCCAUUAAAGAAGUUGGCUACAUCAAGAGGUUCUUUCCUUCGGAGUUUGGAAAUGAUGUUGAUCGUGUAAGUGUGGUUGAGCCAGCCAAAACGAUAUAUGCAAUGAAAGCCCAAAUCCGCAGAGCUAUUGAGGCUGAGGGAAUUCCCCACACCUAUGUGUCUUCAAACUACUUUGCUGGCUAUUUUUUGCCUACAUUAGCGCAGCCAGGACUUUCUGCACCCCCCAGAGACAAAGCAAUCAUCCCGGGGGAUGGAAACCCCAAAGCUGUCUUCACGGAGGAGCAUGACAUUGGCACCUACACCAUCAAAGCUGUGGAUGACCCAAGAACAUUGAACAAGAUUCUUUACAUCAAGCCUCCUAAAAACAUCUACUCCUUCAACGAGCUUGUUUCCUUAUGGGAGAAGAAGAUUGGCAAGACCCUGGAAAGAAUCCAUGUCCCCGAGGAUCAAAAUCUGAAGCAAAUACAAGAGUCCCCGAUUCCAAUCCGCAUUAUUUUAGCACUCAACCACUCGGUGUUCGUGAAGGGAGUCCAGACCAACUUCAAGAUUGAGCCUUCGUUUGGGGUUGAAGCUUCUGAGCUUUAUCCGGAUGUCCAAUACACCACAGUUGAGGAGUACCUUGAUCAGUUUGUUUGAGAGAUUAUAACACAUUAGGCUCGGCUCCCGUGUAUGGGCUUUGACUCAUUUAUAGAGGCUCGUUCAAUACUCGAACCAGGCUAGAGUUCUCAAGUACUAAUCGAGAUGAAAUAUUUGGGCUUGAUUCAAGCUCAAGCACACUGAAUUUUUAAACAAGCCGAGCUCAAAUACUGUAGAGUUUGGCUUGGCUUGUUUGCACCCCUAUUUGACAACAAACAUUCGCUUAAUCAAACUCUUGUAACCAAUCGAGUUGAUUAUUUUUGUGUGACUUGUUUGUUUAUCUUAAGGAAAAAAAGAAGUUGGCUACUUAUUUUAGGCA